AUGGCAAGCAUUCAGGAACAGAUUAAGCACAUCCGCUUCUCAAACGACGAGUGGUACGGCGAGCAUCAAAAACUCAUCGGCGAAUUGGCCCAGCUUUCCCGCCGCGCUACCCCUGACACCCGCAGCCUCUCAUCCACUCCCCGCCCUGAGCUCGCAUCCGGCCCUGAGUCUGACAGUAGUCGCAGUCAGCAAGAGGUGUCCUCUGCACGGUAG